AUGCAAGAUUCUCUAGUGACAAUAGCUAUCAAUGUCUUUUCAGCUAGAAAUUUACCAAAAGCAGAUCCAACUGGACUAUCCGAUCCUUAUGUUAUUUUAACUUAUACAUCGUUAAAAGAAGGAGAAUUAGUUAAAAAAAGAAAAAAAACUGAAACAAUUAAAGAAUCACUUUCACCAACAUGGAACAAUACAUUUAUAUUAAAAAAUGUAGCUUCAGAAAGUAUUUUAACAUUUAAUUGUUUUGAUUGGGACAAUGCAUUUAAAUUUAGUUCUGAUGAUUUUCUUGGUAAAUUUAAAAUUAUGGUAGAAAAGAAUACCAAUUAA